AUGGGGGAAGUUGUCAUCAUAAAUGCCACACAGGAGACCAUAGACAAUGAGGAUGUGUCCGAGACUGUCCUUUUUUAUUUUAAAUUCUGGUUCGGUCUUGUGGCCACCAACUGUCUGACUGCCCUCAGCUUUCUGACCAACAUAGUUAACAUGGUACUCUUCGUGAAGCAAGGUCUCAAAGAGAGGGUCAACUUCACCUUAUUUUGCCUGUCCAUCUGCGACUUGAUGGGGGCAGUAUUCGUCACCUCCCUGACCAGGGCGCUGUCUGGCGACGUUUGGAUUGCGGGAAUCGUCGUUGACUGGUCAUCCUACUUGUACGUUGUGGUCUGGGGCAGGAAUAUGUUCGUCGACCUCUCAACAGUACUGACCGUCUUUAUCUCCAUCGAGAGAUGUACAUGUGUGGUCACCCCCUUUUCUUUCAACACUUCUUUCAUCGCCAGAAAGUCCAAGUUAAUCGUGUUCACAAUAGUCAGCUUGGUUGUCGUGCUGUACCUUCCAAAUUUAGCGACAAUACGAUUCGAGACCAUCCAUAACGAAACAAAUAAUGUUUCAAUUUUCUUUUUAGAAUACACCGAAAUCUAUGUUUCGUUUCAGAAGUUCAACGAUUUCGUUUUUGGUUUUUUGGUUGCCUUUGGAUGCGAAAUCUGCAUCUUCGUCUGUGCUGUGCUGAUGUACAAGGGGCUUAAAAAGUCAUCCGAAGUUCGAAGAAACACUAUGAGCGCGAAGGAGCUUGCUGAAAGAGGCGCAGAUUCUCCAAGGCUGUCCAACAAGGAGCGGAGGGUGGUCAAGAUGAUUCUCGUGUUGGCUACGUUCUACAUGGUGACCACCAUGCCACAGCUGGUCGCAAUCUGGCUCAGACUUCUGCUUACUGACAUGCAGGACAAUCUGACCCUGAGUCUUUUCAUGUGCUACACCAUGGCCUACUCGUCUGCCCUCUAUGGUGCUUUUAGUGCUUUCAUUUAUUAUAACUUUAGCUCCAGCUACAGAGUAGCGCUGAGCCGUGUUUUCGGAAUAUAUAUUAGAAGAACGGAACUGACUAAAAUAUAA